AGACGGAUGGGGAACUCGUGAAGCAGCGAGCUCUUACCCGUCACUUAUGCUUCGGCCAACCCACGGGCACACCGGGUCCAUUUCCUUAUAAAGGCAUCGCUUCCGCCGGCGAACGCUAGAGCGGUGUCCACUUCCACUCGUCUUCUGGUUGAUCCCCUCCUUCCUCGACGUCCACAUCGAGGGAGCCGCACUGCCAUGGUGACGCUAGUAGUGGCAACUGCCGCCGACCCGGCCUCCGUCGGCCCCGCCUCCUCCUUCCUUGCGAUGCCCGGGUGGAACCCUGGCCCUUCCAUCGCCAUCGGGAUGGAGAGCUUCGCGAACGGGUCGGUGCGCCUGCUGAAGCACGAGAGGAGCAUCGUGGCCGAGGACGACCUGGACCGCAGGUGGGAGGCGGCCACGGGAGAGCCCGUCGAUGAGGUCAUCUUCCUCAGCCGCCACACUGCCGUCUCCAACCGCCCCGCGUUUACUGUCCACCCCAUCGGCGUGCCGCAUAUACGGGAAGGCGAGCCACUCCCGCAGGGAGGGCGGCCCUGCUGGGCGGGGCCGCCAAACCCCAGGGUCGGCCCGUGGUUACGUCUCAUGAAGAAGAUUGCCGAAGCCAACGGUCUCAUCCCGGAGUUUGAGAUUACUUUGGAAGCAACUCAUCAUGGACCAGUGGUUAAUACACCCACCAUGUUCCUGGAGAUUGGGAGCACAGAGGAAUACUGGGGGAGGCAAGAUGCUGCUCAAGCUAUUGCUUUACUUCUCUGGGAAGGACUUGGUCUUGGAGGAGGUUCUGGUGUUGGAAACUGGAGCAGAGAAAAUAACGGUGACAACGUUCUCUUGGGGAUAGGAGGUGGUCAUUAUGUGCCUCGUCAUAUGGAUAUCGUUUGGAAAGAUGGUGUCUGGGUAGGUCACCUGCUAUCUGGAUAUUCUUUACCAAUGGAAGAUCCUAAUCAGCAAAAAGGAGAAAAUGGUGAGAAAUGUAUUGGUGGUGCAUGGAAGAAAGCUAUCAAAGUUUCAUAUGAGGCUACUAAGUUGGCAUUUCCAGGAGGAGAAGUCAUAGCACAUCUUGAUCAUAAGAGCUUUAAAGGCUGGCAGAAGAAUGCAAUCACAAGCUUUUUGACAGAGGAGAACAUAAAGAUUGGAAAACCGCAGGACUUCUAUUAAUUCCUUGCAUUCGAGGAAGCAAAAUAGUUGGUUUUUCUUGUCAGUUGUAUACCUCAUUUCACCAAGAUCUAUAGUUUUCAUUGUCCCACAUUACGAUGUUGUUCUUAAGUAACUUGUAAUUCAUGAACCAGAAGCAGCGACUCGUAAAGAGGAACCUUGACUUUCUUCUGAGAAAUCUAAUGGACACCAUAUGAAGGUCAGCUUUACCUUUUGCAUCACUGGCCUUGGUUUCUUUGGUUCA